CCGGAAGUGGCCGGACCCACAGCUCGGGCGGAGAGCCCGUCCGUCGGUUCGUCGGUCCGCCGGUCCGCCAGCCGGGUCGUCCGCGCGCCUCGGCCCUCGUCGGCGUCCCGCGCGGCCUGGGUGGCCCGAACCGCGGCCGAGGUGCCCGCCAUGGCGACGUUCAUCUCGGUCCAGCUGAAGAAGACCUCGGAGGUGGACCUGGCCAAGCCGCUGGUGAAGUUCAUCCAGCAGACGUACCCGAGCGGCGGGGAGGAGCAGGCCCAGUACUGCCGCGCGGCGGAGGAGCUCAGCAAGCUGCGCCGCGCCGCGCUCGGCCGCCCGCUGGACAAGCACGAGGGCGCUCUCGAGACGCUCCUGAGAUAUUAUGAUCAAAUUUGUUCCAUUGAACCCAAAUUCCCAUUCUCUGAAAAUCAGAUCUGCUUGACAUUUACGUGGAAGGAUGCUUUUGAUAAAGGUUCACUUUUUGGAGGAUCUGUGAAAUUGGCUCUUGCAAGCUUAGGAUAUGAAAAGAGCUGUGUGUUAUUCAAUUGUGCAGCAUUAGCUAGCCAGAUUGCAGCAGAACAGAACCUGGAUAAUGAUGAAGGAUUGAAAGUCGCUGCUAAGCAUUACCAGUUUGCUAGUGGUGCCUUUUUACAUAUUAAAGAGACAGUUUUAUCUGCCUUAAGUCGAGAGCCUACGGUGGACCUGUCUCCAGAUACUGUUGGGACCCUCAGUCUUAUUAUGCUGGCACAGGCCCAAGAAGUCUUUUUUUUAAAAGCCACAAGAGAUAAAAUGAAAGAUGCCAUCAUAGCCAAAUUGGCUAAUCAGGCCGCAGAUUACUUUGGUGAUGCUUUUAAACAGUGUCAGUACAAAGAUACUCUUCCCAAGUAUUUUUAUUUCCAGGAGGUGUUCCCUGUCUUGGCUGCAAAGCACUGUAUCAUGCAGGCCAAUGCUGAGUACCACCAGUCUAUCCUGGCAAAACAGCAGAAGAAAUUUGGAGAAGAGAUUGCAAGGUUACAGCACGCAGCAGAAUUGAUUAAAACAGUGGCAUCUCGCUAUGAUGAAUAUGUCAAUGUGAAAGACUUUUCUGACAAAAUCAGCCGUGCCCUUUCUGCAGCAAAGAAGGAUAAUGACUUCAUCUAUCAUGAUCGAGUUCCAGACCUUAAAGAUCUGGACCCAAUUGGCAAAGCCACACUUGUGAAAUCUACCCCAGUCAGUGUCCCCAUCAGCCAGAAAUUCACUGAUUUGUUUGAAAAUAUGGUUCCUGUGUCAGUGCAGCAGUCGUUGGCUGCCUAUAAUCAGAGGAAAGCUGACUUAGUUAACAGAUCAAUUGCUCAAAUGAGAGAAGCCACCACUUUGGCAAAUGGGGUGUUAGCUUCCCUUAAUCUUCCAGCAGCAAUUGAAGAUGUGUCUGGAGAUACUGUACCUCAGUCUAUAUUGACUAAAUCCACAUCUGUGAUUGAACAGGGAGGCAUCCAGACUGUUGAUCAAUUGAUCAAAGAGCUACCUGAACUACUACAAAGAAAUAGAGAAAUCCUAGAUGAGUCAUUAAGAUUGUUGGAUGAAGAAGAAGCCACGGACAAUGAUUUAAGAGCAAAAUUCAAGGAACGCUGGCAAAGGACACCAUCUAAUGAUCUCUAUAAGCCUUUAAGAGCAGAGGGAACCAACUUCAGGACAGUUUUGGAUAAAGCUGUGCAAGCAGAUGGGCAGGUGAAAGAACGUUACCAGUCUCACCGAGACACCAUUGCCCUUCUGUGUAAGCCGGAGCCUGAGCUGAACGCGGCCAUCCCUUCUGCUAACCCAGCAAGGACCAUGCAGGGCAGCGAGGUUGUAAAUGUCUUAAAAUCCUUACUGACCAAUCUUGAUGAAGUAAAGAAGGAAAGAGAAGGGCUAGAGAAUGACUUGAAAUCAGUGAAUUUUGACAUGACAAGCAAAUUUUUGACUGCUUUGGCUCAAGAUGGUGUAAUAAAUGAAGAAGCUCUUUCUGUCACUGAGCUGGAUCGAAUCUAUGGAGGUCUUACGACGAAAGUCCAAGAAUCUCUAAGGAAACAGGAAGAACUUCUUAAAAAUAUUCAGGUCUCACACCAGGAGUUUUCAAAAAUGAAGCAAUCUAAUAAUGAAGCUAACUUAAGAGAAGAAGUUUUGAAGAAUUUAGCUACUGCAUAUGACAACUUUGUUGAGCUUGUGGCUAAUUUGAAGGAGGGCACAAAGUUUUACAAUGAGCUGACUGAAAUCCUGGUCAGGUUCCAGAACAAGUGCAGUGACAUCGUGUUUGCACGGAAGACAGAAAGAGAUGAACUCUUAAACCCGCCAAGCCCCAGCCCCCGGCCCGGCCUCCACCGCCUGUGCUUCCAGCAAAUCGAGCUCCUCCCGCUCCCGCUCCCGCUCCGGCUCCGGCUCCGGCUCCGGCUCCCGCGGGGACGGGCACUGCUCCACCGGCACCGGCACCCACUCCUGGUUCAGCAGCGCCCCCUCCACAGGCCCAGGGACCCCCCUACCCCACCUAUCCAGGAUAUCCCGGGUAUUGCCACAUGCCCAUGCCCAUGGGCUAUAAUCCUUACGCAUACGGUCAGUAUAGUAUGCCGUACCCGCCAGUGUAUCACCAGAGCCCCGGACAGGCUCCAUACCCAGGGCCCCCGCAGCCUUCAUACCCCUUCCCUCAGCCCCCGCAGCAGUCUUACUACCCACAGCAGUAACAUGCCAGCCCAGAAGCUCGACUGGUUCAGUUCAAAGGGAAGGAAACACCAGCCCUGCAAUAAGCGUACUAAACUCUGUGCUCUGGUUACCGUAACGUCCUCUGUCCUCUGUCGUGCUGAACGCGGUGUGCAGUUUCUGUCCGCGGCUGCGAGCUGAGACUGUGCCCCAGUUCCACACUCGAUCGCACACCGAGAGAUGCUGCUGUUGCAGUGUAAACACUAUAAUAGGUAUAAUAGAAUUUGAAAUAAGUUACAUUUCAGUUCAUCAAAGUCGAAAAAUGAGAAGUUAAACCCACAAGUGAAACGUUUGAAACUGUUAUACUUCUGUCUGCAUAAGACAUGGUUGGGACGUCAGAUACUUACAGUGAUGGUUGAAGUACCGAUAUUCAAGAAAGCUACGUUUUCUUUCUCUUUUGGUUUGUCAGUUUGGUUUAAUUUCCAUUACACUAUUUUGCAUAAUCAAAGUAUUGUAAAUCUUAUAAUUUAAAAAUAAAUUACUUGAGAACAGUUGUCAUUGUUAUGUUUUGUCAUUGAUUCUCAUUACUGUCUAAUUUCUUUCUGGUGUUAGUCUCUCAUUUUAUAUGUACGUAAGUUAAACAGAUAACUGUGUUUAAGUGCAUGAUUAGUUCAAGUUAAUAGUCAGGUUUAUAGGAAAACCAAAAAAACAGUACCGUAAUUUAUCUUUCAUAUGCUGAUUAGUAUGUUAAUUUUGGCAUUUAUUUUGAAAAGUCCUAUAAUGUGGAAGAAACACAAUUGCUACCAAAGAUUCUUCAAAUAAAUAUGUGUAUUUGAAGUUUUAUUAGCUUCUCCAAGAAAUUGAUACAAAUUCUGGUAAUAGUUCUUUCCCUUUUUUCCCCAUAACCUGGUUAAAAUAAAUACAUAUCAUUGACAGCACUGUCUAAUGUAAUGGGAUUGUUUAAAGAAAGCUUACUGUACCCGUUCUGUUCCUUUUUUCCACCUUACUGUCUUAACUUAAUAACAUUUAAUGCACAAUGUAUACGAAUAGAUCUAAGCCCUUUGGUUUUUAUGCUCCUAAAAGAUUAGACUAUUUUAUAAUUCAGGGAGCAUACUAAACAAUUGCUGGGAACAUAUGCCAAUUCUGAAUAGGCAUGAAUAUUUAAUACUAGUCUCUGCUGUUAGGAUAACUAAUCACUGUAUAAACUUCAGUAAAAGUAGUGAGACAUGCAUCAUGGAGUGAGUAAAUGAGAAAGGAAGGGGUUGUUGAAUAGCGGGGACUGUUCUGUGUGAGGUUCAUUUCUGAACACAUCAGGCGUGUGAGCAGAUUUCCAGUGAGUCUGUUGAUGUUUAUUUUCUAAGUCUUAAUGCUCACCUUUUCUGGCGUUAUUGUUUCAUUGAAAUGAUGCUGUCAUUUGGGCCACUUAUAUUUUCAUCGACAGUUUGGGUUUAUGUUUUAAAUGUUGGACUGAAGGGUAUGAUUGUAAAAGGGAGUGAAUUGGUUUAAAAAUAUAUGUACAUUUAAAAAAUAUCACUUUGUUGUACGUAGAAAACAUGAAGGCGUGUUAUUUUAAUAUAAAUGACCUUUCCGUGGAAUAUUGAAAUUGGUUUAAAGUGCAGUAGUUAAAACCUUGGCAAAAGUAGUUUUUUUUACAUACCAUAGCUAAAUUUUAUUAAUGUGGAACCAUCAAAGUAUGACCUAGGCUUGUUUGACUCUUAUGUAAAAGGCAUUCAAGUUCUGCAUUCUUACUAUUAUUCAAGGUGUCAUAGACUGACGUGAGACACUCAGUGGGAAUUAAGGGUUUUCCAAAUUGCUAGUUUACUAUUCUUCCUAAUGCAGAAAGAAACAAAAACGAAUUGGCCUGAAUAUUCUCUUGGGGAAAGAAGUCACUGAGAAAAGAGGAAGUGCAUCAGAGCCAGAAGAGGUUAUAAGGCCCCUUAGCCGGUUCCAUGUGCUAAGUAGGCCAGCUCCCAGAGAGCCACGGGAAGAUCGUUCAGAAACUUCUGGAAAGGAGGCUCCACAGCCCCAAGUGGCAGCCUCUUGCAGCCUGCCCGAGUUGCUCAAAGCCUUUUUUUAUGCAGUAACCUGGCCCCAUUCCCUCCCGUCAGAUCACUCAUUCUUCCGGUAAUUGAGGACAGUUUCUUUUGGUCACCUGUGGAUGGGUACAGAUGACCAAAUUUCUGCAGCCUUUCAUUGCUGGGUUAGUCUCCAUAGCCCUUCUGAUUUCAGUAGGGUGGCUCAUGGAAAGAAGUUUCUCCUCCCAUCUGUUUCACCUUCUAGCAAAGAAGGAAGCCCUCGCUGGCAUGAGCUUUGUUACCAAACGUUUUUGUCCUUUGCUCAAUCAGCUUCUUAUCUGUAGUCCACAAAAAUACCCUAAAAAGUCGUUACGGACGGUGCUGUUCGAUUGUAGUUGCAAGUGUGCCUCUGGUUCAGAGAUCUUGUUACCUCUUUUUAAUUAGGCUUUCUGAUGAUUUUCCUGAACUAAAGAAACCAUUCCCAGACCAUUUACGUUUGGGUUUGGAAUACUGUUUUUAAAUGGACUGACCGCGUGGCAGAGCUAGUCGGCAGUGGGCGGGAAAAGCCUCACUUCUCCUAUUUCUUGUUCCCAGUUGGAGACAAGACGGCUUGACUUCUCAGUCUGCUGUGAAGUCCUGGUCUUUAUUCUCCGUUGAGACAAAACACAGGUCACUGCAAAUCAGUCCGUCUUUGUGAGAUAUUCCUGUCCCCGUACCCCCAACUUGUUUGCAACUUAACAGUCUCUCCCUCCCUAAAUGUAAGUAGUUAAAAAAAGAUUUCACAGAAACUUCACGUCGUUUUAUCCCCAGUCAGCAGCCUUUCUGGUCAAAACAUUUAAAAAAUGUUUCUCCUUAGAGCUUUAGAGAGUUUGCAAAAGCGCUUCAUACACAUCUUCUGAUUUCACAGACAUGAUGAAAUGCAAUUUAUUAAGUAGGUUUCAGUUUGCCAAUGGGUUUUUUUUUUCUUUUAAUGAUCGAUACAUCUUGAAGAAUCUUGCUACAGCCUAGUGGCUUCUCUCUCUCUUUUAAACACUUCUGCAACUAUUAGUUGAUUCACAGCACAGAACAGGAUACAAAGUAGGAAAAAAAAAAUGCUGUAGUGUUACAAUGACUAGUUUAAAAAUAGACUUUAGAAUUAAAUGGUUGAUUAUAAGGUUUACAUGGAAGAGCUAAGAAGGAAAAAUUAUAUUUUUAAAGAAAAAGAGAAUAUUCAGGCUUUAUUUCUGGUAUGAAGUUUAUAUUUUUUAAAAAAAAUCCUAUAUUAUCACACCAGAGAUUUUAGAUUCUUUUCUGGUUACAGACAUUGCUGGUAGUUGGAUUAUAUUUUUAUUGUAUUCAUUUCUCUUAGGGGGAAAAUUGUAAAGCAACAAAAAGGUUCCCGAUGAAUGUAUCCUAGAAAUAAAAGUUGAAAGAUUCUUA